UUUUCUUUAACUUCUCUGAAUGGAUUUUCAUCUACAAAUGCUUCUUCCCAGGCAAUGCGGAUUGCACGCUUGAAUCUUGAUAUUGCAACACAAAAUGCCAAUUUAGUGUAUUUGCAAGCACUUAAAAAUUACAUAUCUGAAAGGAGAGGUGUACUAGGAGAUGGUUGGGUUGUUAAAUUUGAAUUUUCUGAGAGUAUCUGCAAGAGAGCUCCAAUUUACUAUGCCCCAGAUGGAAGUAGAUUCAAUUCGAUGCCAGAAGUUGCUCAUCAUUUCGGUUUGCUAUUGCCGCCAAAUUCCUUUGAAACAAAUGACAAAGGUGGUAGCUUUGCAUUACUGCAGAACGGAUCACAUGCUACUAAAAGUUUGGAUAGUGCUUCAAGGUCGCUAAAUGCCAAUAUCAUUAGGGAGCGUAAGAGCAUGUCGCAAAGCGGGGUCAGUAAUGGCGGAACUGCAAUUGAAGUAGACCCUAUGGGGAAUAGUAACCGUGGGUCAGAGUUGUUUCUUGAUGGUUUUCCAGUUCAAUUUCAAGACUUCUUUGUGACAUCACUGGGAAAAAUCGACCCACGUGUUUCAUUCCACACGGCUUCCCAAAUCUGGCCAAUAGGUUACAAAUCUAUUUGGCACGAUAAUGCAACAGGGUCCAUAUUCGUAUGCAAUGUUUUAGAUGCUGGUGAUUGUGGCCCAAUAUUCAGAGUAAAUAGGCAUCCAUGCACAAAGCAUUCAAUCCCAAAUGCUUCAACGGUGCUCUGCAGGCCAAAAUCUAGGCCGUCCGAUGGAAAAGACACGGCAGGUAGUCAUGAUUCUGCUGUUAAUAGGGCAUUUCAGGCAUUUCUUGAUGAACGAAUAAAUACCCGCGAUAAACUAGCUGAACAACAAAAGCCACCGAGCCUAGAUGAUGGUAGUUACUCAUGCCUUGAUAAGGUAGCAAGCUGUUUGACUACAGAAUCCGCCUUUCCUCUUCAAUGUAUACCUUCUAAUAACGUCAUCCGAGGUGACAUUAUUGGUGAAUUUAUGGUAGAAGGGAGAUCCCCUUCAUCUGCUUGGCAAAUGGUCUUAGAAACUCUACUUUCUGCAUGCCAUCAAGCAUUUAAAGAUUUGAGUGUCUUAACUUUUUGCUGCAACCACACUGUCGAUAGGCAACACAUUGAUGAUUCAUAUAAUAUUAAUUCAUUAGACAAAUUUGGUUAUUUGAGGGGUCCUAAAAUCGUGAACUUAAUACGGACAGUAGAGCAGCUCGAUGGUUGUUGUAUGGUGCUGCGGAGAUGGUUGCAACCAGACAGAUUCGGUCUAGAUGCCGAGUUUGUACAAGAACUCGUAGAACAGCUUCCGGGGGUUUCUGCCUGUUUGGGAUAUAAAUCUUUGGUUGCAAGAUGUCAAAACUCUCCCCAUACUGUCGGAAGCGGAUUCUUUACGGUUUUACGUAAAUAUAGUUCACAGCCGACUGUAUCAGAUAGUCUAGUAGAAAACCGUAAAAGACUCAGCCCACCAGGCAAUAUAAUUGCCUCCAACCUUCCUCCUCGUUUAAUUGGGGAUAUUCUCCAGGCCCACGAGUUCUACUUGCGGUUUCAUAAAGUUUUGGGGCUAGAGGCACUUCCCUCUAGAGAAAAGCUGGAAUACGAGUUACUGAAUCCAUGGGAUGAUGAUUUGAAGCCACCGAACAGUCAUGAAGGUGACAAAAUAGAAGAUCUUACUUCAUAUUCCACAAUUGCCCCUGAUAUGAAAUCCCGUUUUGGAGAUUUUGUGGAUGCAACAGAAGAAUCUGAGGGAGAUGGUUCUCGAUCAGAAGUGGCUAUCAAAUGCACAGGUGUAUCAUUAGCGAACUUUCAUAUGGCACUCGUGAAGGUGCUAGUAGAAGACAUGCUAGCAAAACUCACGAUAUGUGAGCAAUCUGGUGCAGCGGAAUCCAAGUCAAGAAAAGGGAGGAAGAAAAACAUGGAGAUCAUGGUUUCUAGCAAGAAGAUAAAGCUCAGUAUGUUUCCUGUUAACGAAAUUACUUGGCCAGAAAUAGCGAGGAGGUGCAUUUUGGCUGUGUUGUCCAUGGAUGGUAGUCUUGAAGCUUCGGAUGUCACAAACCGUGAAUUUAGUGAAGUGUUUCAUUGUUUGAAAGGUGAUGGCGGUCCACUUUGUGGUUCUCUUACUGGAAUGGCUGCAAUGGAGGCUGAUGCAAUGGUUCUAGCAGAGGCCUCCGAGAAAAUAUUUUCUUCUGUGAACAGUAAAUUUGUCAACUUCAUAAUAGAUAAAAACGAUCUCAAUAUCCGCGACUCCGCCACAGAGACAAAUAGAACAGAUAACGGAUGUCCUAAAUGGAUUGAGGUUCUCGAACCCGUAAGAAAGCUACCCACAAACGUGGGAGCAAAACUGAGAAAAUGCGUUUAUGAAUCUUUAAAACAACAACCACCACCGUGGGCGGUAGAGAUGUUGGUAAACUCGAUAAGCAAAGACGUCUACAAGGGUAAUGCAUCCGGACCCACAAAGAAAAUCGUUGUCUCGGUUCUUGAACAUGUGAGAGAACUAAAUCCUCUCACUAAGAAGAAAGCGAAGGAAAGUCGUGUUGUCAGGACUUUAUAUGACGUGAUCAUGAGACGGUGUCGUAUGGUGCUACGCUCGGUUGCUGCUGAAGAUGAAAACCGAGCUUUUUUCAUUCUCAUGGCAGAAUCCCUUUUCAAGCGGAAUGAAUCUUGUGAUGGUGGACAUCCUGCACCAGUUUCCCGCCCGUUAGAUUUUAGAACGAUUGACCUCAGAUUGGAUGCCGGCUGCUAUGGUGGUUCACAUGAAUCUUUCAUUGAGGAUGUUCGUGAGGUUUGGCGAAAUUUACGAAUAAUAUAUAGGAACAAACCCAAAUACAUCGACUUUAUUGAAACGUUAUCUAAAAAGCUAGAAGAACUGUAUGAACAAGAGGUACUUACACUGGUCCGCAAGACCGUCGAUUACGGGAACGAUUCCAUCUCCGAUGAAACAAAGAGAGAGCUAAACACGAUGCUUGCAGACACAAUCACGAGCACGCUUUCCGUUGCACCAUGGGAGGACGGGAUUUGCAAAGUAUGCGGGAAGGAUGAAAAUGAUCAUAUCUUGCUUUUGUGUGAUAGAUGUGAUGCAGAGUACCAUACAUACUGUUUAGAUCCUCCCCUCCAAAGGGUUCCAAAAGCAAGUUGGUAUUGCCCAUCUUGCAUUUCGUUCAUUACAAAUCAAGCUAUGUCGUCACAAGAAGAGGAGUCUGACACCCCGGUGUUAUUCCGGGACCCCGAUAAGAAGAAAACAUGCAAAGAAAUUGUUCGAAAUGGUUUAGAGUCGCUGGCUGAGUUAGCUGAUGCUAUGGAGUCGAUGGAGUAUUGGGAACUAGGCCUCGAGGAGCGGGUUUUCCUUCUCAAGUUCUUGUGUGACGAGGCCUUGAGUUCGACCAUUAUUCGGGACCACAUAAACGCAGUUGAUUGCAAUAUUCGAAGAGACUUCCUGGGCCGAGACUCAGAAGGUAGACUUUACUACAUUCUUGGCAAACCCGAAAGGGUAGUUGUGUCUGGUCCACACAGUAUAGGUGAAGUGUGUAUAGCCUCCGAGAGUUCUUCCUCUAGAGAACUCGAUGCAUCCGAGCGUUGUUCAUGGAUUUGCUAUGAAUCGGAUGCUGAAAUCGAGGCUCUGGUUGAAUGGUUGAGAGAUGACGAUGCAAGAGAGAAAGAACUGAAAGAAACCAUCAUACAGUGGCAACGAAACAAAUCGAACAACCAAAAUGGUGAAGCCGGGAAAGUUAACCGCUUGAUGUCAUCGAUUCACGACACGAAUGCAAGGGCAGCACUGGAAAAGAAAUUUGGUUCUUUCUCGGAAGGAAGAGUCUUCGACGAUGGGAAAAUAUACCGUUGUGAUUGCCUGGAAUUAGUUGGGUCUACUAGAGCUCAUUGUUUUUCAUGCCACUCGACGUUUUUCAGUAACGAGAUUCACAACGAUGGAAAAUGUGGGAUUCAUAAGGAAGGAGACGCUCUCGUGAAGCAACCGACCUUGACUAAUGAUCAGAAUGAACCCGAUGUCACAUUUGUCUUUGAGGAGAUUAGAGCCAAUUUCUGUGCCGAAAGCUUGCGUAAAGAAGUCAUCAAAGAUGUAGGGAUCGUCGGGUCAAACAGGAAUCCAGUAUUGGUCAAACAUCGAGUCGAAGCUGAGAACAUCGAGUCUUCGACACCGUUAGUUGGCAGAGUUUCUAAAAUUCUUCGAUAUCUGAAAGCCACUUUACUCGAUAUUGAAGCCGCUCUUCCAAACGAAGCAUUUAGACCUUCGAGAAGAGACUCUCAUAGAUUACGAGCUUGGCACGUGUUUGUGAAAUCGGCACAGUCGAUUCAUGAGAUGGUACAAGCAACGAUCAUCCUAGAAGACAUGAUUAGAACCGAGCACCUGAGAAAUGAAUGGUGGUAUUGGUCCUCACCUUCCGCUGCUAUUAAAAUCUCCACUGUUUCAUCUCUCGCUCUACGAAUCUACGCUCUCGAUGCUGCCAUCUUUUACGAGAACCCACCUACGCCUCCUGCGGACCUGACAGAACCCGUAACGCCAUCAGAUUCCAAUUCAAAGAAAGAAGCUUCUAGAAAGUCAAACCCAAAAUCAAGCAGCUCGACAAUGGUGGCAAUGUCGAACAAUUCAGAACCUUCCAAGACUUCGAAAUCCGGAAAGAGGCCAAAGAAGAAGAAACUUAGAUUCUCCGCGGAUUAAAAACCGAUUUAUGGUUCUCUGUUUUAGAUUUGUAAAUGGUAAUUGUGAAACUUAGACUGGACGCGAACUGAUGAGUGCCGAAGAGGGGUGAACCCUGAAUUGGUGACUCGGGCCUUUUGUUGCUAAACCGACUUGAUGGUUAGACU